GAGUGGACAGACUCGACCCACAACAGAUGUAGCUCUACUCCUUUUUACUAACUUCAAACAAGAAAAGAAAAAAGAAAAACAGUUUUCUUGGAACUGAAUUUAGUACACAAUUACAGGCACGGAGAAGAAAAGCUCUCGUUGUUCCAUUGAUCAAGAAUGGCGUAGAUUCUCUAUAAACAGCUAUUGUAUGUCUCUUUUUACUGUUUCCUUGCCUUACUGUUGAUUAUGGUUCCUUUCUGGUGCAAUUUUCUAAACUAGGCUUCAAUCAUUUUCUUGAUUUCAUGGCCGUCCCGUUAAAUUCAGUGUCCACAGUGACCAAUCCAUCACCUGAGAAUGCAAGAAAUUCUUGUGGAUUCUUCACCCACAUACCAAAGUUCCUUCCUUUUUUCCACUCUAAUAAGACCAUUUCAAGAAUUUUUGCUUCUUCCCAAAUAAGCCCACCUCUAAAUAAUAUUUUCACUCUGCCCAACUGGAGGUCUGGCAAGAAUGACCCAAGAAACAAAGAACUUAGACUUUAUGAUGCCUUUCUAUAUUUAGAAUACAUGGUUGGGAAAGGCCACAAGCCUGAUAAGACUCAUGCAACUCAACUGUUGUAUGAUCUUUGCAAUUGUAAUAAACUUAGAAAAGCUGCUAGAGUUAUGGAAAUGAUGGUUACCUCUGGUACUAUACCUGAUGCUGCUUCUUACACUUUCUUGGUAAAUAACUUGUGUAAGAGAGGAAAUGUUGGUCAUGCUAUGCAAUUGGUUGAUAAAAUGGAAGAAUAUGGAUACCCUACUAAUACUGUCACUUACAAUUCUCUUAUAAGAGGACUUUGUAUGCGAGGGAACUUGAACAAAAGCCUUCAAUUUGUGGAAAAAUUGAUGCAAAAGGGGUUGGUACCAAAUGCAUAUACCUACUCCAUAUUGCUUGAGGCUACUUAUAAAGAAAAAGGGGUUAAUGAAGCAAUGUUGCUUUUAGACAAUAUUAUUGCCAAGGGUGGGAAGCCUAAUUUGGUUAGUUACAAUGUUCUCUUAACUGGGUUGUGUAAAGAAGGAAGAAUAGAUGAAGCAAAAGAGUUCUUUAGAAACUUGCCAUCGAAAGGGUUUAAUCCUAAUGUUGUUAGCUAUAAUAUCUUGUUGAGGAGCUUGUGCUUUGAAGGACGUUGGGAGGAAGCAAAUGAGCUUCUAGCGGAGAUGGUUGGAGAAGAACGUUCACCAUCAAUAGUAACGUACAAUAUAUUGAUUAGUUCCCUUGCUCUUCACGGUCAAACAGAUCACGCCCUCAAGAUUCUGGACGAAAUGUACUUUGGAGAACAGUUCAAGCCAAUUGCUGCUAGCUAUAACCCUAUAAUUGCGCGUCUCUGCAAAGACAGGAAAGUGGAUGCAGUAAUUAAGUGUCUCGACCAAAUGUUAGAACGACAUUGUAGUCCUAACGAAGGGACAUACAAUUCCAUUGCAGUGCUUUGCGAGGAAGGAGUGGUGCACGAGGCAUUUUCAAUUCUGCAAGCUUUGAGGAUUAAGCAGAGCUCCUCCACUCAUGAUUUCUACAGAGCCGUGAUUUCUGGUUUGUGUAGGAAAGGAAACACAUUUGCAGCGUUUCAGCUUUUGUAUGAAAUGACAGCCCAUGGAUUCAAUCCUGACUCUUACACCUAUUCAUCGUUGAUCAGAGGAUUGUGCUUGGAGAAGAUGUUGGUUGCUGCUGUUGAUGUAUUUUACAUAAUGGAGGAAAAUGGAUAUAGGCCUGAUGUUGACAAUUUCAAUGCACUUGUGCUUGGUCUAUGCAAAUCAAGAAGAACAGACUUGUCGCUAAAGGUAUUUGAGGACAUGAUCAGCAAAGGUUAUAUGCCCAAUGAGAUAACAUAUACCAUUCUAGUGGAAGGGAUCAUACAUGAAGAACACAAGGAGCUUGCAUCAAUAGUCCUCAAGGAAUUGCAUCUUAAACAAGUAAUAAGUAGAAAUACUGUUGAAAGACUUGUUAUGCAAUAUGAGCUCGAACUUGAGGAUAUAUUAGUACAGUGAAUAUUUCACAACAAUGGGUCAAUAUUGGGUCACAGGAUGAGAAACUAAUAAAGGCAAUCUAUUCAUCGGCAAAUGCUAAUACACCAAAUUCAACAAGAAGAUUCUCAUGCUGCCGGUCAGAUGGAGAACUUUAUACAACUAAUAACCACUUGAGAUACUUGGUUUCGGAUACGAUAGUUGGUUCAUCGUAGGCUUUAAAGAGGUCAGAUGGAACAUGUUCAUUACUGUAUUUUUACCUUAAGCGUACUCUUUGUUACUGGAAUUAAUGUUACAGAAAUGGCUGAAUAUCUCCUUUAUCUCAAGCUUUCUCACUAUUUUGUAUUAGAGUAUAAGUUCUACUAUGUACUAACAAUGUAAAAAAAGUCACUUAAAAGGCA